AUGGCUGCUGCAAUGGACGACAGGAAUCGAUCAUUAAAACAGGCCCUCAUAGAUAGCCUGACAGCCAUCCUGUCGCCAGAUCAACAAUCUAGACAGAUGGCUGAAGAACAGCUCAAGGUUCUCGAGGUCACGGAAGAAUUUGGUGUCCAUUUAGCAGAACUCACAGUUGACAGAGAGGGAGCCCUUGCUAUCAGACAACUUGCCUCAGUCAUUCUAAAGCAGUAUGUUGAAGCCCACUGGAAUAGCAGUGCUGAGAAAUUUAGACCUCCUGAGACUACAGAUGCUGCCAAGGAAGAGAUUCGUCGUCUUUUACCAGGAGGUCUACAGGAAUCAAUCAGUAAAGUCAGGUCAAGUGUGGCAUAUGCAAUCUCAGCCAUAGCAUACUGGGAUUGGCCAGAAGCUUGGCCACAUUUGUUUGGGAAUCUGAUGCAAGCAUUGACAAGUGGGGAUGGCAAUUUGGUUCAUGGAGCCAUGAGAGUUUUAACAGAGUUCUGCCGUGAGGUGACAGACACACAGAUGCCACAUGUUGUGCCUGUGAUCCUGCCUGAAAUGGAUAAGAUAUUUAUUCAUGCAGAGGUAUGUUGGUGGAAAUUAUGCACUAUCUGUUCAAAUCAUGAGGGGAUGCAAGCGGCCUCAACUAUGCACAGUAUCAGAACAAGAUCCCGUGCUGUGGAUAUAUUUAAUACUUGUGCAUCACUAAUCUGUGCAAUGGAAGAUGCUACA